UGACAGCUGGGCAUGGGCCUCCCGAGGCUUCGCCAUGAGCUUCCUGAUCGACUCCAGCAUCAUGAUCACCUCCCAGAUACUGUUUUUUGGAUUCGGUUGGCUUUUCUUCAUGCGCCAGUUGUUUAAGGACUAUGAGACUGCAGAAUUGAACACGGGUUUUCAGACUCGCCGUCGGAAGACUCUGCAUUCAGAAUGUCAGGGAAGCACAUGACCGGCUUGGCAUCCGACUUUUAACAGGUGCGGCAGUACGUUGUGCAGGUGAUCUUCUCCGUGACCUUUGCGUUUUCCUGCACCAUGUUUGAGCUUAUCAUCUUUGAAAUCCUGGGAGUUCUGAACAGCAGCUCCCGUUACUUCCACUGGAAGAUGAAUCUGUGUGUGAUUCUGCUCAUCCUGGUCUUCAUGGUCCCUUUCUACAUUGGUUAUUUUAUCGUGAGUAACAUCCAACUUUUGCACAAGCAGCGCCUGCUCUUCUCCUGUCUCCUAUGGCUGACCUUCAUGUAUUUCUUCUGGAAGCUGGGCGAUCCGUUUCCCAUUCUCAGCCCAAAGCAUGGGAUCUUGUCCAUAGAACAGCUCAUCAGCCGGGUGGGCGUGAUCGGGGUGACGCUCAUGGCUCUGCUGUCCGGAUUUGGUGCCGUCAACUGCCCGUACACAUACAUGUCCUACUUCCUUAGGAACGUGACUGACACGGAUAUCCUGGCCCUGGAACGGCGGCUGUUGCAGACCAUGGACAUGAUCAUAAGCAAAAAGAAAAGGAUGGCCGUGGCACGGAGAACCAUGUUCCAAAGGGGGGAGGUGCAGAACAAGCCGUCAGGACUCUGGGGCAUGCUGAAGAGCGUGACUGCAUCAGCCCCAGGAAGCGAAAAUCUGACUCUUAUUCAACAGGAAGUAGAUGCUCUGGAAGAACUAAGCAGGCAGCUUUUUCUGGAAACAGCUGACCUGUAUGCUACUAAGGAAAGAAUCGAAUACUCCAAAACAUUCAAGGGGAAGUAUUUCAAUUUCCUGGGUUACUUUUUCUCUAUUUACUGUGUCUGGAAAAUUUUUAUGGCAACCAUCAAUAUUGUUCUUGAUCGAGUUGGGAAGACUGACCCUGUCACCAGAGGCAUUGAGAUCACCGUGAAUUACCUGGGGAUCCAAUUUGACGUCAAGUUCUGGUCCCAGCAUAUUUCCUUCAUUCUGGUUGGAAUAAUCAUUGUCACAUCCAUCAGAGGACUGCUGAUCACGCUGACCAAGUUCUUCUAUGCCAUCUCCAGCAGUAAGUCCUCCAAUGUCAUCGUCCUGCUGUUAGCACAGAUAAUGGGCAUGUACUUCGUCUCUUCUGUGCUGCUGAUCCGAAUGAGCAUGCCCCCAGAAUACCGCACCAUAAUCACAGAGGUCCUGGGGGAACUCCAAUUCAACUUCUAUCACCGCUGGUUUGAUGUCAUCUUCCUCGUCAGUGCCCUCUCCAGCAUCCUGUUCCUCUACCUGGCUCACAAGCAGGCACCAGAGAAACAUAUGGCACCCUGAACUGAGACCCACUGCAAACUGUGAAAAAACGAGACACAGUCCCAGGGCCUUAAGUCCUUGAAGCAGAGGAGCUGCUGGGGCAUUUUAGUCUGCCUUGAGCACAUGCCUUCCUCCUGAGAUCCUGGAGUCCUAAGUGGCUGAGGCACAGGAGGGAGCAACCCCCCCCCCCCCAGCAUUCGGCAGGGAGCCUGUGUGGGUCUGAGGCUGUGCAAAUGGGGAGGGGGAGGGUCAGGGCCAGAGGAGACCCUGGUGCUCCUCAGGUGCCUUCGUUUGAAAAAUUUAGUAAAAUCAGAGUUUGUAACACUGUGGCCUUGAGUUUACUU